UUGUCAUCCAAACGGAUCUUUGAUGUGUCCUCCCAGGAGCGGAAGCAUCCGGGAUUCCGCUCAAUCCAUCGCUCCAAACCAACCAGACGCUUGCAGGGUGACGGAGCGUUUGUGUUUCUUCUCAACAGAGGGGCUCCCUUUCCUUUAAGCCUCGCUUUGCACCAUUUAUUCAGGCUUUAUCAGCGCGGGACAUGCUCUUUGAGGUUUGAACGUCUCCUUUAACGCAAUAGAGGUCUUUGCAAUAGUCGCCUGCUGCCUGGACGUUGGAGGGGAUUAAGUUACUGCUGCUGGCGGAGGAUUAUUUUAUUGGCCUCCUGUCACGCCUGCAGCCAGGCUUUGGUGAUCCUGUUUCCAAUUAAGAACGGAGGGAAAAAAAACAAAGAAGAAGGGAUGUCUUUCCGCAGAGGUGUGGUCCGGCAGAGUAAAUUCCGCCAUGUUUUCGCUCAGGCCUGGAGAGCUGAGCACUGCCUGGACGACGUCAGAGUGUCCCGGGUGACGUGGGACGGCCCCCUCUGCGCGGUCAACACCAAGUUCAUCGCGGUCAUCAUCGAAGCCGGUGGGGGAGGGGCCUUCCUGGUUGUCCCCAUCAGCAAGAGCGGCAGAAUCGACCAGUCCUGUCCCACAGUCUGCGGACAUGCGGCGCCCGUUUUGGACGUCCAGUGGUGUCCUCAUGAUGACAACAUCAUCGCAAGUGCCUCAGAGGACUGCACAGUGAAGGUGUGGCAGAUCCCCGAUGGUGGGCUGACCAGCCCCAUGACCGACCCCAUUGUGACCCUGGAGGGCCACAGUAAAAGGGUGGGAAUCCUGGCUUGGCACCCAUGUGCCUUCAACAUCCUAUUAACUGCAGGCUGCGAUAAUGUGAUUUGUGUUUGGAACGUUGGCACGGGCGAGCUUGUAUACCAGCUCAGUGACACCCACCCGGACCUGAUCUACAGCGUCGGCUGGAACAAGGAUGGCAGCGCGGUGUGUACUGUAUGCAAGGACAAGGCCCUGCGCAUCAUCGACCCCCGCAGGGGCGCUGUCCUGAAGGUCAGAGAGAAGGUCCACGAUGGCACAAGGCCCAUGAGAGCCGUGUUCCUCGCUGAUGGAAAAAUCCUGACCACGGGAUUCAGCCGUAUGAGUGAAAGGCAGCUGGCAUUGUGGGACACAAAAGAUCUCUCUGAACCAAUGGCUGUUCAAGAAAUGGAUACAAGUAAUGGAGUUCUUCUUCCCUUUUAUGACCCUGACACCAACAUGGUCUACCUCUGUGGAAAGGGGGAUUGCACUAUCCGUUAUUUUGAAGUGACAGAUGAGUCCCCGUAUGUUCAUUUCCUCAGUUUAUACAGCAGCAAGGAGCCUCAGAGAGGCGCAGGAUUUCUUUGUAAAAGAGGUGUUGAUGUCAACAAGUGUGAAAUUGCCAGAUUCUAUAAGCUGCAUGAAAGGAAAGUGGAACCCAUUUCAAUGACUGUACCACGCAAAUCAGAUCUUUUCCAGGGAGACCUUUACCCAGACACUGCAGGCUUGGAGCCGGCUCUGUUGGCAGAUGAAUGGAUCGCCGGGCAGGACGCACCACCUCUGCUUGUGUCUCUUAGUGGCGGGUACGCAGCGCCUCCAUCCAAACAAAGAGACACCAUCAGAACCAAGCCCAAGCUAGGUUCUCAGGAUUCUGGAGCUGCCACAACUACAACCGUAGCAGCAAUUCCCACAUCCACAGCUACCUCUGCCACCAAAGAAGCGGAAGAAGAGACCACUGCGCCAAGAGUGUCCGCCAGGGAGACGGAUGGAAACGGCGAGAGGCCGAGGAAAGAGGAUGAAAUGUUGAGUGAAUUGUUAGCAGAGAUGAAGGCGUUACGAGCUGUUGUGCUCGCUCAGAACCAGAGGAUUGAACUGCUGGAGAGGCAGCUGGCUCGCAUCGAAGACGGCGACGUUUGAGGAGGCUUACUAUUGACUACACUAUAGACUGUAGCCUUACCAGUCUUAAAAAUAUCUUAAUGCUUUGUUAGCGUUAAAAACUGUGAAUCACUGUGGCUUCCAGCUGCUAUGAUUAGGGCUGAAUUGUCCAUGUAACUUUUUUUUUAAAGUAGGGUUUCAUCUGCAUAGAGUGAUAUUUAUAGCAAAACUGAAUGAUCCCUUAGCAGUUAUUGGAUGGUACAUCUAUGAGCUUAUUAAAUUAAUGUUUUCAUUCAGUAAGACUGCUCACUUAUUUUAAUGCGAAAGGUAAUAGUAAUCAUUUUGUGAAAAGUUGAUGAAGGUUGCCUUUUAAAGCAACCGAUUAAUUACCUCCCAAUGUCUUUUCUCCUGUCGCUGACUCAUAAACACCACCCCUAGGGUUUAUUAAUCAGGUAGUUUUAUGUUGCAAAAUUCUCAAGUCAUGGUUCUGACUUUAUCUAUGGCUUGUCCCUCAUCUCUGUCUUCUUUAUAGUUGCAUUCAGAUUUAUGAACCCGGAGUCUCAGUAUACUGUGUGAGUGAUCAGUGGUGAGAAUGUUGUUGAAUAUUUAUGUGUUGUCAUAAUGUGUUGUUGGUGCAGUAAGCAAAAAAGAAAAAAAAGGUAAAGCACUAUUGAAUUGGUGUGUUUAAUAAGGACAUUGGAUGUGUUUGUAGGCCAUUGUGAGGUUCAGAGCUUGAUUGCCAUCAUGCAUAUCUAUUCAUAACCGUUUUACUAACAGGAAAUCAACAUAAAGCAAAACAUUUCCAUACAUUUGCAACAGAAUAUGUAUUUGUGUUAAAAUACGUAAGGCACUUUGAGUUAUGUCGUUUUAUUUUUGUUUUUAAUCUCUGAAUAUUAUUUUAGAGGCAUUAAAAUGUCAUUUAUGUAGCAGUCAGGGAUAGGAUAACUUUUGCAUUCCAGUUUAGCCCUUUAAUGCUUUCAUUCUGUAUGCACUGACCGCCUAACACUGAUAUGAACAACAGGUUUAACGAGACUUCGAUGUAAUAACUGACUAAAACGUUCAUAUUUUGUACAAGAAAGCCUUUGAUUUACACUAAUGUUUCUUUCAUGUUCUAGUUCUGAUUAUUCUUGAAUACUGUGUUAAUUGUUAAAUAGAUGAUGAAUGGAAUUUGUUUUUAAUCCAACUUUCAUUCUUAUUAAAAUCUUGCAUACAUGA